GUAUUCGUACCGAUAUAAUAUGAUAUUGUAGUGGGUUUCAUUUUAAGUCCCCAUUCAGUUUAAACUGUUGCUCCGAAGUAAUUUCGCACAAAAAGGAAACAAAAAAAAAAUACAAAAUAAAAUAAAAAAAAAAUGAAAUGCUAAUUAAAUUUGAAAACUUUGUAAUUUAUUUUGGACUCAAGUGUUGAAAUCAUAAAACUUUUUUGAAUUAAUUAUAUUUCCUUGGAAGACUUUCGAAUUUAGUUUAAAUAAAUGAUACAAAGGAACAAGUUACAUUUCAAAACAAUGUGGUCUGGUUUACACUGAAAAGGAAAUCAAGAAAAAUUGUAUUCCCGGGAUUUGACAAUUAUUAAAUAAAAAAGCGAAGUAUCACUUUGCGACAACCAAAUCUAAAAUAAUGGCUUCGCAACGAUUCUGUCUGAGAUGGAAUAAUCAUCAGUCUAAUUUAUUAUCAGUUUUUGAUCAGCUUUUGCAUGCUGAAACAUUCACAGACGUGACUCUUGCCAUCGAUGGACAAUAUCUCAAGGCUCAUAAGAUGGUUCUUUCGGCUUGCAGUCCGUAUUUUCAAGCUCUGUUUGUGAAUCAUCCUGAGAAGCAUCCUAUAGUUAUUCUUAAAGAUAUACCUUUUGCUGAUAUGAAGAGUUUAUUGGACUUUAUGUAUCGUGGUGAAGUGUCGGUGGAUCAAGAACGACUUUCUGCCUUCUUGAGGGUAGCUGAAAGCUUAAGGAUAAAAGGAUUAACAGAAGUUAAUGAAGAUAAACCAUCGACUGAAGAUCAAAUAGAAGGCUCUCCAUCAAUAACACAAAAUCGAAUUCACCCUUAUGUCUUACAACAACAACAGCAGCAAAGGAAGGUUUUGCAGCAACAACAAAAACAAUCAUCACAACAGAUUCAAUCGCAACCAUCAAAUAAUCCUUUGUUAGGUUCAGCACUUUCCAUGCCUAAACGAAAAAGGGGUCGACCUAGGAAGUUGAGUGGAAGUGAUGAUGUGGAUGAUUAUGAUGACGAUUGUAGGGAUGGCUCACAACAGGAUGCGCAAGAAUUAAUGGAGACGAAAAUCAGAUCAGAAAAUGAUGGAAAUUCCGAUGAAAAUGAUGUCAGUCGAGGGAUUGAAAAUAAUGAAGAGAGUAACAACCGCUUAAGUUCACAAAGCAAAAGAACAAGUGUGAGACAUGCACAUGAUCACAGCAGUGGCAGCACAAAAAGGGAAGAUUCAACAAAUGAUGGUCAAAUGGAUUCCGAUGAAGAUGAUGACGAGCAGACAAUGAUGAUUGAGCCUCAGCUUCUCUUGGAUGAGUUUGAUGAGCCAGUUGAGUUUAAAUAUAAUCCUGAAAUAGAUUCAAAUUCAAAUACACCUCGACAAGUAGCAUCUCCGGCAUCUCAGAGUCAAAACGGAAAAUCGUCAUCAUCACACAACCGCGAUUCAAAUAAUGGAAAUUCAAGUGACAAUAACAACCUCACAAUGCCUCAACUUAUGCAAAAGCAACAACAGAUGCUCUUAUCACAACAAAUGCCAAAAUUAACUCCCAUUGCUAUAGCAGAUCAACAGGCAUCGUUCAUUAUUUCAAAAACUCAACCAAAGCAAAGCAAACGUGCGAAAUUAUUAAAGCAACAAAAUGGCGAAAUGAAGCAGCUUUCAAUACAUACGGGUUCAAGUCAAAUUCAAUUUUCUGGAAAUCUCGGAGGGAUUAAUAAUAAUGAAUUCAUAGACUUAUUUUCUAAUAAUCCACUUUUAAACCCAGCCUUAAAUCAGCAAAAUACUUUGAAAAUAAAAGCUAUAAAACAGUUAAUGCCAACUGUACCAUCUCAAGUGUCACCGUCUGUGAGCGACACAACAUCGCCAGGACUUAAAAUAGAGCCGGUCAUCCAAGACAAUCGCAGUAAUAAAUAUGCUAUUGAUGAUUCCGAAGGAUCGGUUCGUGAUUUUUGUACCAAAGAAGCUGAUCAUGUGUACCGAUGUAAGGUGUGUUCGCGCGUUUACACUCAUAUAAGCAACUUUUGUCGUCAUUAUGUGACGUCUCAUAAGCGAAAUGUUAAAGUCUAUCCGUGUCCGUUUUGUUUCAAAGAGUUUACUAGAAAAGACAAUAUGACAGCACAUGUCAAAAUCAUUCACAAACUGGAGCACCAACAGCAACAACAAGGCGAUCAUGGAGAUGCUUCACCAUCAGAAAUGACGACACCCACGCUUGCUCAAUGAUCAUAAGCAUCAAGAGAUUGUCGUCCAAUGAAUGGCAGUUUACUGAAUCUAGAAUAAAUCCCAACGAGAUCUAACUAAAAGUAUAAUUUUUCUUUACUUUUUUUUAAAGUCUUCUAACUGUGAAAUGAUAAUAUAAAUAAUAUAAAAGAGAAUCAUUCCUGAAAAUUGUCGUAUCUACAUGUGAAGAAUAAUACAUGGG